CAAAUAAGCUUGAUAUAAUCAUGGAAAAUCCCUUUUAGGGUUCUAAUUCGAAUGAAGGUAAUUUUAUGUGUCUCAUAAAAUUAAUGGCAAAAACGGUUCCAACUUUACGUGCAUACAUGGAUAACAACGAAAAAUUGCGGAGAAAAAAAUCAGAUAAAAUUUCGAGACCUUAUAUAAAUUUACUGUCAUAUGGCCACGUGAAAAAAAUAACUGAAAUUAUUAAGAUAAAAAUAACAAAAAGCAUUAUUCAAACAAUUAAAGAGAAUCGUGCCUAUAGCAUCAUAUUAGAUGGAACAUAUGAUGUGUCUAAAAAAGAAUGCAUAGCUUUGCUUGUACGGUAUAUAGAAGAUGAUCUGCAUCCAUAUCCUGUAGAAAGGAUCAUACAUGUUUUUACAACAUCAGAAACCACUGGGGAAAAUAUAAAGAAACAUAUUUUUUCUAAGUUUAAUGAUCUUGGUCUUCCUCUUGAUUAUUUGGUUGGACAAAGUAUGGAUGGUGCAGGGAAUAUGAGAGGAGUAUACAAAGGAAUGCAGGCUUUAAUAUUGAAAGAGGCUCCAAAAGCCAUCUAUAUUUGGUGCCAUGCACAUCGGCUAAAUUUAGUAGUUGCUCAUGUUUGUGGAUGCAAAAUUGAAAUGAAAAAGGCAAUGGGAAUAUUAGAUGAGUUAUAUAAUUUUAUGAAUGGAGUUAGACGUCAAGGUGUGUUUGUUAAAUAUCAAAUGAGAAAGUCCAAGAAAUCUCUUAAAAGAAUUAAAAACACAACAAGAAAUUGGUCAUCAUCCUACAAAUCUGUAGAAAUCUUUUUAGAUGUUUAUGAACAUAUUUUAGCAUCAUUAGUUGAAUUAAAAGAUUCUAAUGACCCAAGCACCUCUUCCAUUGCCGAUGGGUUAUUAUCAAGAAUUAAAGAUGAAAAUUUUAUAUUAAGUCUUUUUAUUUUGAAAGAAAUAUUGAAAUGUACACAUGAGGCUUGUAUUGAAAUGCAGGCAGUUGGUAAUGAUUUGGCUUUGGUAACCAAAUUAAUACAACAUACAAAAAAUAAAUUACAAAAACUAAAAGCUAAUGGAGACAAUAUAUUUUUAAAAUUACAUUCCUUAUCUAAUAGUUUUUUGAAAAAGAAUAAUGUAAUAACUGAUUUGUAUAAUAUGAAAUCAAUAUUCAAAUUGGAUCAAACAGAAUUCAAUAAUUAUGUUGAACAAAAAAAAACAAAUAUAGAACGGAAAUAUUUUUCCCUGUUCUAAAUGCAAUAAUUAAUCACCUAAAUGAUCGAUUUAAUUAUGAUUGUUUAAAUUUUUUAUCACAGAUAUCCAUUUUUACUCCCGCUGGAAUUAUGGAUAAUGAAAAAAUAGAAGGAUGGCAAAUAUCCGAAAUUUGUAAUACUUAUCAAUUGGAUGUCCAAAACAUUGUUGAUGAAUAUAAUGAUUUUCGCUCUUUAUAUUUGGAGUCUCAAUCAAUCAUUUUUUGCGAAGAUCUUUUAAAAGUUAAAAAGAAUGACGCGUUAUAUAUUGAUGAAA